GAAACCUGCAACACUGCUUUUAAAAGUAAAGUCAGUGCUAGUAGGGUUCAGUUAGCUUAACUUCGGAGUUACUUUUGCUUCUCUCUGUCCUUCACUACUGCAUUCACUCAGAGAAAAAAAAAUGCUAUCAGAAAGUCAAGAUUUUGAAAAGAUGGCUAAUAUUGAUGGAGCAGACUUAGAUGGUAUGUUUGAAAAUUACAACGACACUGAAUUUAUCUCAGAAGACAAUUAUGCCUCCCCCUGCUCUGAUCCCAGUGAUGACUUCAACAAGAUCCUGCUGGUCACUAUCUACUCCCACGUAUUCAUAUUGAGUACCUUGGGGAAUUUCCUUGUGGUGCUUGUGAUUAGCUGCAUGCAACGGCAAAAAUCUUCCACUGAUAUCUACCUGUUGAACUUGGCUAUUGCAGACCUCCUGUUUGCUCUCACCCUUCCUUUCUGGGCAGUCUACAGCAACUCCGAGUGGAUAUUCGGUGACUAUAUGUGCAAAAUUGUAUCUGUCAUGCAGGAGGUGAAUUUCUACAGUGGGAUCCUGUUGCUGGCUUGCAUCAGCGUUGACCGUUACUUGGCCAUCGUGCACGCUACACACGCGGUCACACAGAAACGUCACCUGGUGGGUUUUGUGUGUAUCGGAGUCUGGCUGGUGGCAGCUUUGCUUUCCCUGCCGAUCUUGAUCUCUCAUAAGGCUUUCAAGUCACAUAAAAAUAUUACGGUCUGCUAUGAGGACAUAGGAGCGGGGGAUAUAGAAGCAUGGCGGAUAAGUAUCCGCUUCCUCCGGCACUUAGUAGGUUUCUUCAUCCCUCUAGCCAUUAUGAUCUUCUGCUACGGCUUCACCAUCAACACCCUCUUCCAGGCCAGGAACGGGCAGAAGCACAAGGCCAUGCGGGUAAUCUUCGUCGUGGUAUUGGUGUUCAUUGUCUGCUGGUUCCCCUACAACAUGACCGUCUUUGCCGAUACCCUGAUGAGGGCGAAGAUCAUCAGCGAGACAUGUGAGGUGCGGAAUCACAUAGACACCGCCCUGCAAGCCACUCAGAUCCUGGCUUUCUUUCACUGCUGCAUCAACCCGAUCUUGUACGCCUUCAUCGGGCAGAAGUUCAGGAACACGUUCCUCAGGGUUCUUAUCCGAAAGGGGUUCAUCAAGAAGAAUUUCUUGUCAACUCAUGGAAUGGGCUCUUCUUACAGGUCUUCUGAACUCCCCCGCGCCCCCUCCUGCUCCAACCCCUACACCCACUACAUCCCCUACUAACUCGCCCUCC